AUGGCUGAACGUUCUGGCGACGUGGUUUUCAGAGUUGAUCAGAGUGACAAUGACUCAGACCUGUGGGAUGAUUCUGCUCUGAUUAAAGCCUAUGAUAAAGCCAUCAGUUGUGUUAAGGGUAUGACUAAUGAUGGAAGUGAGAAGGAGGGAAAAAACAAACCAAAGACAAGGAGAGGAGGGAAGAAGAACAAGAAGAAGAAGAACUUUACACCAGCACAAACGAGAUGGAAAGUAGGGGAUCGCUGUAAAUCCGUAUUCACAGAGGACGACAUGGUGUACAGUGCCAUGGUAACGAGCAUCAACAAUAAGAAAUCAUCUUGCAUCGUUAGAUACGCUGGCUAUGGGAACGAGGAGGAGAAGAGGCUCUCUGAUCUUUUCACGGAAUCCGAGGCGGAGGCCUCUGUAAACUCAAAAGCAGAGCUUGAGAAUGGGUAUGAUUCCAUGGAGUGGACAGACCACAGUCAGAGCCCCAUGCACCCCAGUGGAAGCGGUGCUGGCCCCAGGAAACGCUCCCACCACCACCCUUACCCACCACACCCGCCGCAUGUUCCGCCACCACAUCCAGCAGGCAUGCCUCAACCCCUCGGCUACCCGAAUCCCUAUGGGGGGACAUGGUAUCCACCCCAUCCAGGACCCCCACCUCCGAUGCCACCACCCCCUCCGAUGAUGUCACCGUUGCCCUUCGCUCCAUGGGGAUCCCCUGCAGCUACACCGAUGAUGCCUGGUUGGGGAGGAACAUCACCACAUCCUGCUUCUCAAACACCCCCACACCAGCAGAUUCCUUCAAUGCCGCCCACACCACCUCCUCAUCCCCCACUGCCGGAUGAUGUUGAAGAUAUGGACAAGGAGGCUCUGCAUUCUAUGUUGAUGUCUUGGUAUAUGAGUGGCUACCAUACUGGUUAUUAUGAGGGCCUGAAGAAAUCAAAGGAAAGCAGUGACAGUACUACCUCAAAGACAAAGGACAAUGAUACAACACCAAGAAGAGCGGGGCAAGGAAGACAGUCUAGGACAAAAGAUGAGGUCAAGGAAGCAACUCCAUCUCAACCUGACGAGAAGUCUCAAGACAUCAGCCAGGAAUCAUGACAAUGAAAUUAAAUUGGGGUAUGAAGAGGAUGAAGUUGGUUUCCUCAAGUCAAGGGAGUAGGUAGGGGCAGCAUUUCUUUGCUUAUUAUCGUGGAAAGUGACAAGAAUUGUUUGAAUUGGUGAAUAUGUGAGAAGAAGAUGGAGUAGGGAAUAGAAAUCACUCAGACAUUGGUUUUUGUUCCAUGUUAAGUGAAGUGUAUGUAUUGACUUGCUGAGGAAAAUUGAGGCAGGUCUUUCCGGGAGUGAAGCCGCUUGUUGCUUUUCAUUACCAGUUCUCACAUUUUAUCAGAGACAAAAUAUGGGGAAUUCCGGAAACCCCCUACGGAAAGGUGUAUAUAGCCUUUGUGGUGACAUUCGGGCUAAAAAUACAGCCCAGUCUUUUGACAAUUAACCUACAAUGUAAGUUAUCUGAAGCGGUUUUGAGAAACAAAGAUAAGGUUGCCUACAGAAAUCACUGUGAAACCAUGUUUAUUCCAUGUUAAGAUAACUUGCAUAGGAGAGUUACAUUAUCCGGCAUAAUGUUAGAGAGCUCUGUAAGGUUGUUAGAGUGAUGACAUCUUAAUAGAUCUGCCUUCAAAUAGUCGGAAUAGUCUGCCACUGUGAUGAUGAUGUCCCACAAAUUUGUGAAUGUUUUAUAGUGGCUGGUUAAAAAGUGAACUGAAUAAAUGACUUUAUUUGAUCAUAGCCCAUAUUUUCAUGCAAAGGAUAUGAGCCAAGGAUGUGACUCUAAUCUGCCGCAUUUCUCAUUUAUGAGACCAAAGUGGGAUUGAAUAAAUUAAUGAAUAUUAUUUUCUGAGAUUUGAUACUUCAAACAAAAAAGUGGUCAAACAAGUCAUAAAAAUCAAACAAAUUGACUCAAUUCGUUUUGAUGUGAAUAAAAAGGGAAAAUGUUGACCGGUCUAUGACAACAUCGUUCCUGACCAGGCGGGUGUUUCAUAAAGCUGUUCGUAAGUCAAGAGCGACUUUAAGAACGACUGGUGAUCCUUUCUUACACGCGUAACCAUCGCUAAUGAAUAUACCAUUUACCACAAUAAAGGAUCACCAGUCGUUCUUAAAGUCGCUCUUAACUUACGAACAGCUUUAUGAAACGGCCCCCAGGUGGGUGUUUCAUAAAGUUCGUAAAGUUACGAACGACUUUACGCAUGACUGGAACAUGUUUUUUAUGUCAUAACUCAAUUGCAUAGGGAUAUCACAUAGCACAAGAAAGGAUCACCAGUCGUGCGUAAAUUCAUUCGUAUCUUGCGAACAGCUUUAUGAAACACCCACCAGAAAAUGGAUGAUUAGGAAUUAUAGUAAUUCCAGUAUUUUUAUGCCAGUUGACUGUAAUAGCCACAGCAUUACAAGAGGUUUUCAUAAUGUUACUGUACAUUAGUUUUCUGGCACAUAUUUCCUGAAUGAUAACGUGAAUAUUUGUAUUUUCAUUCAACCCCCUUUUUAUUUACUUUUUUUUCACAACAAUUACAUAGGUAGAGAUGGAACAGCAAUAAAAAAAAAAUUAAGUUGGCAAUGCAUUUGAUGAUGAUAAAAAAAUGGUUUUUGAUUUCACUGUUCAAUGAGAACUUAUGUUUUCUGUAUAAAUGGUCAUUCAAUGGAAUAUCCAGUGAUUCAAUGAUGAAAAAUCAAUAAGUUUAUCAUAUACUCUGUAUUGAGAUAAUUCCCAAGCAAGGAAUAUAUUUCAAAUAAUGUUCAUUUUCCAAGGAACCAAAUUCCUAUCAACGAGGCUUGACAUCUCGGUUUGUAAUUUCAGUGACCCAAGAACAACCAUAUUAAUGUGCUAUAUUUAUCCUCAUUACCAUGUGCCUUAUAGAAUUCUAAAGGAGGAUCUCCCUUCUUUCUCUCCCCUCUCCCCAUCCAAGUCCUUUCUCCCCCUCUCCCUUUGCCCCCAUCUCUCUCCCUCCCCUUCUCCACUCUCUUUCUACAUCUCUUUUUAGUCCCCCCCCCCCCACUUUCUAUCUAUCUAUCUCUCUCUAUUUUAUAGUUCUUGGUCUUUUCAAGUAUCAGAAAAAACAUGGUUAUGAAUACUGACUCAAUUUAAUUAUGGUUUUUGUAUGUGUUUUGCCUGACCGAACAAUUACAACAACUUAUUGAUACACUGUAUUUGACUCAAAUAAUGAAAAUAUUAUUCCCAGGCAUAUUGAUCCUUCAUUUUAAUAAUCCCAACUCUAGAAAUUCAUUAAAUUGAUUUUUACAAUAAAUGACUUACAAGCAAGUGAAUUAUAAGGAAAAAAAUAUGUACUGCUAUAAAACAAGAGUUUUUUCUGAGCUGGUUUCCUCCUGAACCAUUUAAAAACAAAA